AUGUCCUUCCCGGAUGUGCUCGAUCGAGGAGACGAGUUUCUCUCUCAAUACCCUAGAACGAACCCUUUCUGGCAGAUAGCGUCUCAUGGAACAUGUUUGUUGGCUGUCGGUAUUUCUAAAUUCAUGUUGAAUACAUUCUACAAUGUGAAGUUAAACAAUUUAGAGAAAUUACAAGAGGCUGUCGCACGUACUAAAACCGAGAACCGAGGGCUCAUGACUGUUAUGAACCAUAUGUCGGUGGUGGAUGAUCCGUUCAUUUGGGGUGUUUUCCCCUGGUCUAUGUAUUGGGAUUUGGAUCAGAUUAGAUGGUGCCUCGGUGCUCAUAACGUAUGUUUUCAGAACAAAUUCCUUGCGACUUUCUUUUCGUUGGGUAAAGUGCUUUCUACUGAGAGGUUUGGUGGUGGUCCCUUCCAAGGUUCUAUCGACGCAUCGAUCCGUUUGUUGUCCCCUGACGAUACAUUAGACCUAGAAUGGACUCCUCAUCAUAUCGAACCAUUGAAAAAAGAAAUCGAGAAGCAACCUACCCUCGAAGGGAACAAUAAAAUUUUUGAUAAACUGAGCGUCAAGGAUGGCCAUGUCGUGAAAUAUGUAGCUCCGGUAGCGAGAUCUAAACCAAGUUGGAUUCAUGUUUAUCCUGAAGGAUUUGUCCUGCAAUUACAGCCUCCUUUCUCAAACUCCAUGAGGUAUUUCAGAUGGGGGAUCACUAGGUUAAUCCUUGAGUCCACAAAAUCACCAAUCGUGGUACCUAUGUUUUCAACUGGUUUUGAGAAGAUUGCUCCUGAAUCAAGUGCAGGUACUAUGAUUGAGAGAUAUUUACCAAGAAAUAUGGGAGCGGAGAUUAAUGUCACUAUCGGUAACCCCAUUGACGAUGCUAUUAUUGACGGAUAUAGGAAGGAGUGGCUAGCUCUUUGUGAUAAAUAUCAUGACCCAAAGAACCCCACAGAUUUAAGUUGGGAAUUAAAAUAUGGUAAGGAAGUCCAAGAUUUGAGAUCAAGACUGGCUGCAGAACUAAGAGCACAUGUUGCUAAAAUACGUCAUGAAGAAAGACGCUUUGAGUUAGAGGAUGAAAGAUUCAAAUCAGCAGCUUGGUGGGGUCGUUACACAGAGACAGAAGGUGCUUCCGAUCCCGAUGUGAAAUUUAUUGGACAGAACUGGGCUAUCAGAAGGUUACAAAAAUUCUUAAACGAUUAUGACGACGCCGAGAACCCAGGAAAGCAUGAAUGA